AAGUACAAAACAAACAAGUUUUAGUGAUCUCCUAUCUCCAUUGCAUGUGCCUACAAAACCUGCCACAACUACUCGACAUUAAACACUCACAACCUCGUCAGAGCUCCACAACUCAAGGCCAGCCUCAGAUCCAUUACUGCUAUUCAAUGCACAAAACAUUUACCUCCCUCUCUCAUCACAAACCUAUUGAUCUAUAUGUAACCAGCUCCUUGGCAACUGAUAACAUUGAGCUCAUUCUCCGGUUACAGCAAAAGCUCACUGACCAUGGCUGGUUCCACUGUCUCCUUUGUCCUAUCUUUCAUCCUCCUGUUCUCUGCAAUAGGGUUGAGUACCUGUGAGGACUCCUCCAUCCAGCAGAAGUGCUCACAGGAGUUCACCAAGGUGACCUCAUGUAUGGACUAUGCCACUGCCAAGGCCAGUGCACCAUCGAGCUCAUGCUGCAGUGCAGUGACGGACAUCAGAAACGCUGAUGCUGUCUGCCUCUGCUACAUCAUACAGCAGACCCAUGGUGGAUCAUCUACCAUCAAGAGUCUUGGGCUGCAGUUCGACAGGCUCCUCCAGCUCCCAGAUGCUUGCAAGCUUGCCAACACCAGCGUCAGUAACUGCCCAAAGCUUCUGAAAUUAUCUCCUAGCUCACCAGACUAUGCUAUCUUCAUGAAUGCUACAAAAGCUAACUUCUCAUCCGGUGGAUCCGCAAAUGUGACCCCCACUUCCAAUGGAUUCAUGUGCCGGGUCCGCCUUGAUGGUAGUAUUGCCAUUACCUUGGUAUCUGCUAUCUUCUUUUCUGUUUUUUCGAUAGGAGCUUGAAGACAGCCCAACAGACUGAUGGGGUUAUUCUAUGUGAAACAACAAUGCUUGUAAUAUUGCAUAGAAUGACAUGUGCAAGACCUGUUAUCAAUUUCCA